AUGACGGGAAGUUUCGCUGAAAGUCGUCGAGGAGGGAGCGUGACGUUGGCGAGAAUGGUCGUGGAAACACGGUAUCAGGUCGAGUCCCUCACGUUACGACGUUGGAGUAUUCCACCAGCGCUGAUCUCGGUCGCUGCGAUCAGAUCCGCGAAUUAUCCCCAUAUCUCAAUACAACAAGAUGGUCAACGUCGACGAGGAAAAUGUUGCCGACGACUCGUCACGAUCACGAAUGUCGUCACUGUGGAUUACCAGGCGACUGAGUACAAGCACCAGUCGCAGUCCAGGAAUCAUCCAAAAUUUCUUGUGUCACUGCUACUUCUCACAUCCGAUGCAGCAGCGUAA